GAGGAGAACGAGAGGGCGAGCGAGCGCGGCGCUCCCGGGCCGGCGCGGCCCCCUCCCCUUACCAUCGCCGGCCCUCCGCCACCUUCCUCGGCUUCCACCUUCUCUCCCCCCCCCCACCAAGUUGAGGCCCCCUCCGGGGGGGGGAGGCCCGGCACCGGGAGCGAAUUCCCCGAACUCCCUCUGCCCCUGCCCCCACCCGGCCCGAGUGUGAGGCGAAGGGCCCGGCCCGGCCCGCGUCGUGUGUGAGGAGGAUCCCGGGCGGGCCCGCGGGCCGACUGGGGCCUGGUCCGGCCCGCCGGCGGUGUGAAGACAGGGGCCCGGGGCGGCCCGGCUCGAGGGCGAGCGCAGGGGAGGGGCCUGGUCCGGCCCGGCCGGUGCGUGAGGACUGGGGCCCCGGCCCGCACGGCCGCCGCCGCGAUGGCCCAGCAGCAGAUGACCAGCUCGCAGAAGGCCCUGAUGCUGGAGCUCAAAUCCCUGCAGGAGGAACCGGUGGAGGGCUUCCGGAUCACCCUGGUGGAUGAGUCCGACCUCUACAACUGGGAGGUGGCCAUCUUCGGACCCCCCAACACCCUCUACGAAGGCGGCUACUUCAAGGCGCAUAUUAAAUUUCCUAUUGACUACCCAUAUUCACCACCUACCUUCAGAUUCUUGACCAAAAUGUGGCACCCCAACAUUUAUGAGAAUGGAGAUGUAUGCAUUUCGAUUCUUCAUCCGCCUGUAGAUGACCCACAGAGUGGAGAACUACCCUCUGAAAGGUGGAAUCCUACUCAGAAUGUGAGGACUAUCCUGUUAAGUGUUAUCUCACUGCUUAAUGAGCCCAACACCUUCUCCCCAGCCAAUGUGGAUGCCUCAGUUAUGUUCAGGAAAUGGAGGGAUAGUAAAGGGAAAGACAAAGAAUAUGCUGAAAUCAUUAGGAAACAGGUUUCAGCCACUAAGGCCGAAGCAGAAAAGGACGGAGUGAAGGUCCCCACAACCUUGGCGGAAUAUUGCAUCAAAACUAAAGUGCCUUCCAAUGACAACAGCUCAGAUUUGCUUUAUGACGACUUGUACGACGAUGACAUUGAUGAUGAAGAUGAGGAGGAGGAAGAUGCCGACUGUUAUGAUGAUGAUGAUUCUGGAAAUGAGGAAUCGUGACGCGAUCCUUCUGUGCCCCUGUACUGCCCUGCCUUCUCAGGCCAAAGGGAGGGGAGCAAGUGGGGACCUAGCAGUGGCCCCUCAGCAAAAACCUAUUCACAGGGGGUGGGAAAACAAACACAGCUCCUGCUGACUCCCCUUAUGGAUCUCAGUUUGCUCCUUUUUAUGGACCUUUAAUGGAGAGAAAAUAACCCUCCACAGAAUGUCUGAAUUCUUGCAUUCUUUACCCUUCCAUCACUGUAUUGAUUCUUUUUUUCUUUUCUUUUUCUUUUUUUUUUUUUAAAUGACAGCAACCCAAACUCCCACCUCACAUCGUCUCUGCAGAAUGUUCACAGCAAAACACGUUUGGUCUGUUUUUAGAUUCUUGAAGAAUUAAAUAGUCUUUCAAGAUGUUUAAUGUGUUUUAAGCUGGGAACCCAUUUGGAGUUCAUAAAUGCUGCAUAUACUGGGUAGCAAAAGAAAAUGGAAAAAAAAAAAAAAACCCACAAAACAAACUUUACAAAUUUGCCAAGGUUUAGCUGCAUUUACAUUAGUGUGUGCGCAUUUGUUCAGCCCCAUGGUGGUGAAUUUUGUUUCUUUCCCUCCCUAAGGCUGGGAUGCAGUGGGUGUCAGGGACUUGACGCUAAGUCUGAAUCUCAUGAAAUGUGCUCCUUUAGCCUCCCUGAAACCAUCCUAACAUGGAGGCCUCAGCUACUCUGAGGAAAGGAACUAGGUUUUGUUUUUUGAAAUUGAUUGGGAUCUAAAGCCUGAAAUAAAUAUUCAUACUUUACAUAGAACUGAGCACUUGGUUGCUAUUUAUUUUAAAGGCAGGGUUAUUUUUUUCCCACCAGGGGGUGGGGUGAGUGGGGAGGAGGUGGGGAUUAGAGAGUGUGGAUUUUUAGUGAUGGAAACAAUUAGAAAAUCACUAUGCCAAUGUUGGUUGAUGCUGCUGGGGAAAAAGUCAACACUACUGGUGCCCACUGUUGGGAGAGGAGACCCCUGUCUUACAUGUAACAAAGCCUUCCCUCCAGUACACUCUCAUGGGGUUUGUUUUGUUUUUAAGUAGCCACUUUUAAUUACUCAGUAUUAAUCCUAGGUGCAUGUGUUAAGAUUUUGGUUUUCAUUGAGCUGCUUAUCCUGGUAGUGAUAAAUGUGGAUGUGUGAGAUAUGAGUGACUGGUUCUCACUUUCUUCAUUGGAUGUGAUCUGGACUUAAUUUUUCUCCCCUUUCAAUGUAUUUGGCUGUGAAAUACAAGCAGAAACCAUGCAUGGAGCUUCCCCCAGGCUUUUCUGUCAGGGCCAAGGGAAUCGACUGCAGGCAUUUCCAGCCACACGAGGCCGAGACACCUUCCUGCUACGCAGUUGCUUCAGCUUUGAUUUCCCAGGUCUCAAUCAUACACUGCUUCAAUCAAAAUUGAUAUCCAGCAGCCUUCACCAAUCCAAGAACUUCAGAACUUGAAGGUGAAUUUUGUUUGUUCUGGGGGUAUGCCAGUUCAUAGGAGGGCAGUACUGUUUGGGGAAGACUACUGUACUACAAAAUUUUUGGAAAGAACUAUAUAGCAAGGAUUAUAGUUUCCACUUAAGAUCCCUGUGCACUAGUGUCAUCUUUUUAUAAAGAUCAUAGCUCAGAAAGAACCAAAAGGCAGACUGGGGACAGGGGUAGGAUGAAUCCUAGAAUGGUCAGAGUAGGCGAUGCUUUACUUCCUUAGCUCCUCCUUCCUUUCUGAUCUCAGGGUUUUCAUUCGCUCUUCAAUCUUUCCCAAACAUAGCUAUUUCCCAGAGCUCUCUCUGGCCUCUCAAGUUUGGUCUGUUUUAAAUGGGAAUGUGUGACGUGCUAAGGUCCUAAUGGGACACUAUUGAACCUGGAUGAUCUCUACCGAGUCAGGGUUGCUCCUUAUAUUCCUGAAUCUACUAAUUCCAAUCAGAUUCAGGGAACAGAGCAACUGAGUGUGGGCAAUAGUCUCUUAGGUUGUCUGACUACAAACUCAUAGAAGGAUGUUCAGAACUAGCUUUUUAAUCCCCCAACUACUCCAGAUAUCCUGCAAAUAUUCUGGAGCCAAAGCUUCUUACGAUGCUCUCUGAAUCACCUACUACGCCCUUCCCAAGUUUACAGCCAAGAGCUUGGUCUUAGUCUCUCGGGGCCCUAAAAUAAAGCCUUUCAUUUUUACCGCUAGAGCAUCUCUCACCCAGGGCAGCUGGGCACCUUGGCAUUGUGGGAGGCGCUGUGCUGCACAGUCCUGGCCCAUCAUGCCCUGUUGGCCUCUGUUGCACUUUGACUCAGGGAGCCAGAGAGCCAAGUGGCAGUUGUUCUGACGGCCCCUCAGGUGUUGAGGACAGGGUCAGCCUCUGAUGAGAAGUACCAUCAGUUCCAGAGACUUGGGCUAUGUUGACUUGCCACAGGUAGACAUUUUGAUGGUGUAGCUGGACUAGAAAAUCCAGAUGCUGGUUCCAGAGUUCUGUCCAUGAGAGUACAGUCUAUCAAAAAAUACUUGAGUAAUUAGGUGGGGGAGGGGAGGGAAGUAGAGGUCUCAGGCUCGAGCCGGAACCUUGGCGAGUACAGCUGUGCUGAAUUUCCUAUGACAUGAACUCGAAGUCCUGCAUUUUUUGUUCUCAUUGAGGCCUCACUGGAUGCUCUUCAUUUCCGUGUCUUCUGAGGCGGGUGGAGAAAGCAUAACACAAUAUCAUGAUUCCGUUGCUGCUUCUCUCAAAAGUCUUCCCCCUCUUUUUCUUAUCAUUCCGGAGUUCUUUUCUACUAGACACAUGUUUUUGUAGUUCCUUCCUUUCCUUUCCUUUCCCUGGCAAUUGCUUCUUUACUUGCUGGUUUCCUUAUGUUUGGGGCACGCAUAGCAAGACAUUGGAAGGGGGAAAUGUAUAGUUCUGUGCUGAAAAUUAACUCUCCACCCCUCCCAUCCUGAUAAACAAGGUUUACAUUUACAACUACAAUGAUCCAGACGCAAUUUUCAACUACUCUGAAACCAGCAGGACAGCAUUUGACUUUAAUAGUUUUCUUAGCUGAAAUUGUAGAUGUUUUUUCUUCAGUUUAACUUAUGAGAAAAGAUUAUCUGAUGCAUUUUGUGUUGACUUCCCCUUUAGUGGUUUAUUUUGUCUUUUUCUGCCCAUCUGUCUACUAAUAAAAUGUGAAAUAAAAUAUACCUGUAUUGCUACUUCCCCAU